AUGAGCCCUCGGCGCUCUUCUCGUGCCCGCUCCGCCCAACAACCUCCUGCUAGCCUCAACCACACAAACUCUACCAUGUCCAACCCCUCAAAACCUGACCGAGACACUCGGACAAGUGUCCGCGCUAACUCUCCGAGGAGAGCUUCCACACAGCGAUCUGACUCCGUCGAUGGCGUCGACUCUUCCUCUCGUGCGGAGCAACUGGCGCCGCGUCGGAGUCGACGCAAUGGAGAAAACAAAGAACCUGCUAUCAAGCAACAACGGGAUGAAGAAGAAGGAGGACUUGACCUUGAUCCCACCGAAGAGGAGGUAACUCGUUGUAUCUGCGGGCAGGCUGAGUAUCCUGGCCCCUCCGUCAGCAUACGACAACAGCAGCCCAGUGGAGAUACUCUGACCGACGAUACCGGCAAUUUCUUUGUUCAGUGCGACAAAUGCGGAGUCUGGCAGCAUGGUGGCUGUAUGGGCUUGCUAGAUGAGUCCAUGUUGCCAGAUGAGUAUUACUGCGAACUAUGCAAGCCAGAAUACCACAAGGUUACCAAGGUCCUAAAUGGACCGAAAUCCUCUCGGUACCUACCAGUUCUUGAGAACUUCUCUACAAGAUCCUCCCCGCAAUCUUCGACCGUCGAGCCCCUUCGCAAGAAGGACAGUAAGAACAAGCAAAGCGAGAGCACAAAGAAAAGGGCCACAAUGAACAGUCGGGGAGCAUAUGACGAAGAUGAGAUGCUCCGACGAGCCAUCGAAGAGAGCAGAGAAAUGGGCACUCUCGGGAAGCGUGCACGAGCUGGGUCAGAAGAUCAAAAAGGCAACAACAAACGUCAACGCACGGGGUCGAACUCGUCUUCUACCAUGUCCAAGCACAGUGAAUCACCCGAUUUACCAGGAGACGAUGCGCAUGGUAGAGGGAACGUGGCUGGCAGGAUUGCUUCACUGAAACUUAGAGGGGCAGCGGCACGAACCAACCGAGAAAAAGAAUUGCGAGACAAACAAAAAGAACAACAGGCAGUGCAACGUGCGGAGGCUGCCAACAAACGGAAUGCUCGCUCAGAGCGACGACGAGGAGAAGAUUCCCCGCCUCCUACUCCAAGCCUUUCACCGUCUAAGAUGGCUCAGGUCAAUGGUAAAGCGAACGCCGACACUCCUCCUUCGGGCAGAUCCAAUCAUAAUCGGAGGACCGGAAGGCCGGCCGCGAGGCGAGGGAGACUUGGAAGAAACCAAUACACUCGCGACCACGGCAAUGGCGAGGACGGACAAACACCUGGGAGAGACGGUUCGCACGACAUCAAUGGUACUGGAGGAUCACCCAAUGGUAUUAAUGGAAUUCAUGGCGAGAGUGGGCGCAGCUCCAAGGCCAAGACACAUCCUGCCCGAACAAGCUUGAAUGAAAUGAAGAGACGUGUUGCGGCGAUUCUAGAAUUCGUCGGACACAUGCAGACCGAGAGCGCAGCACAGUCACACCAUUCCAGCGGGAGUACAAGUUCCAAGGGGACCAGUACACCCACUGGGGCUAAAGGGUCGACUCAAUUACCCGUCUCAAGCUUGGUUCGAGCGGUUGAAGCGGGGCUUAAGGAAGCCCACUCGAAGGAGGAAGACGUUGCGCUCAGCGUCACGGAUGACAAGGACUUUGGAAACAUGGGCAGUGUGGAAAUGAUGGAAACACUGACAAAGGAGUUGGUGCAAUGGCAAACUGUCUUCGGGGUAUAUUCGAGAUGA